CCCCCCAUAGGAAGAUGGACAUUCAAGAUGCUGUGCCUUGUAAUGUUAGCCAAGACUUGCUCAAGAGUCACAAAUGGAGUGAUUUAACCUUAAGGCCUUAUCAGCUGGAGGGUGUGACAUGGCUUUUAUCCUGUUAUGACAAUGGGCAUGGCUGUAUCCUCAGUGAUGAAAUGGGGCUGGGUAAAACAUGUCAGGUUAUUGCUAUGCUAACAAUCAUCAAGGGAAGAAAUGUCUCCAAGAAACCACACCUUGUUGUGUGCCCAAGAUCUGUCUUAGAGAAUUGGGAAAAAGAAAUUAAGAGGUUUAGCCCCUCGCUGAAUGUUUUAACCCUUAUUGGUGACAAAGAAACUCGCCACAGCAUAGCACAAAAAGUAAAGCCAGCUAGAAAUGCUGGCUUGUAUAAUUUUGAUAUUCUUCUCACCACAUAUGAGGUAUGUUUGAAAGAUCACAUUUUUCUUCAGUCCAUCUCCUGGAAUGUAUUAAUUGUUGAUGAAGGCCACAGGUUAAAGAACAGUGAAUCAUUACUCUACAAAACAUUGGAAGAUUGGGAUAUUGAUAUUCAUAUUCUGCUGUCAGGAACUCCACUACAGAACAAUCUACAUGAGCUGUAUUCCCUACUUAGUUUUGUUGAUAGUACAGUGUUCAAAUUGUCAAAGAUAGACAAGUUUGUGGACACCUUUUCACCUGAGAAUCAAGAUAUUAGUGGCCUACACAAGAUAUUAGCUCCUUAUCUUUUAAGGAGAACAAAGGCCAAUGUCCUCCCAGAUCUACCUGAAAAAAAUGAUAUUGUUUUAUACCACGGAUUAUCUCCCAUUCAGAAAAAGUUGUAUAAAGCUAUUCUUACCAAGGAUUUAAGUGUUUUUGAUAACAAUAGCAGACCAAAUCAAACAUCGUUGAUGAAUAUUUUGAUGCAGCUGCGCAAAUGUGUUGCUCAUCCAUAUCUGUUUGAUGGAGUGGAACCAGAGCCUUUUGUGUUAGGAGAACAUCUGAUAGAAGCAAGCUACAAGCUGAUUCUCAUUGACCAUCUACUGGAGUUUCUCAAAGAUUCAGGGCACAAGGUCCUUCUCUUCUCACAGAUGUCCAGAAUGCUGGACAUUUUGCAGGACUACUUAGGCUACAGGGGCUACACCUAUGAACGUCUCGACGGUUCAGUAAGGGGAGAAGAAAGAUUUUUGGCUGUUGAAAAGUUCAAUUCUAAUGAAGAAACUUUUGUUUUCCUUCUUAGUACAAAAGCAGGUGGACAAGGGUUAAACUUGACUGCAGCAGAUACAGUUGUCUUUUGUGACAGUGACUUCAACCCACAGAAUGAUUUACAGGCAGCUGCUAGGGCACACAGAAUUGGCCAGGAGAGACCUGUGAAAGUUAUCCGGCUUGUGGGUCGUAAAACAGUGGAAGAGAUUAUCUUACAGAGAGCAGAGGCUAAGCUUAAACUAACAGAGAAAGUCAUAGAGAGUGGCGAGUUUGCCACCCCCUUUACAAAACAAAAUUUAAUUGCUCAAAACCCAAGUCAACUACAAGACAUCCUGAAGUUUGGUAUAGAUGAGCUUCUUACUGAUACCAAUCUUGAUGAACCUGUAGAUUUUGAAAUAAUUCUUGGAAGUUCAAAAAAUGGGCAUUGGGUUGUCGCAAAGAGCAGCUUGGUGGAGUCAACAGAAGAAAAGAAGGAAGAAACAGAUGAAAAUACUGAACCAGUUAGUAUGUAUGUGUUUGAAGGGAAAGAUUACUCUAAAGAGCCUUCUGCUGCUGAUAUUGAUGCCUUUGAGAAGUUGAUUCUUGCUGAAAAAGAAUUGCAAGCUAACAAUGAGGACAAAGAUAGAUCACUCAGAAGUACAGGGUUAUCUUCCCAAUUGUCAUUUUUACCAGAAAGAAAAACAAGAAAAAAAUUAUCACCUGAAGAGCUAGAAGAAAGAAACCGCAAGAGGAAAGAACUUGCAGAGAAGAGGGCACAGCAAGUAGCAGAACAAGAGGCCUUAAAAGCUGAAGCACGCAAGAAGAAAAGGGAAGAAUUGUGGAAGGCCAACAAGUACACAUCCACAAAUAUAAAUUUAGAUGGAGAAAGUGAUGAAGAAAGUGAACAGGAAGUAAAUAUUGAGAGUGAUGAGAGUGAAGAGGAGAACACAAGCAGUGAGCAACGGCACCAUAGAAAGAUUGCUAUAAAAUAUGUCAGUGGCGAUGUUACACAUCCUGUGGAUGCUGGAACUAAUGAUAACAUCAUUGUUUUCUGCGCAGAUGACUCUGGUAGCUGGGGUAAAGGCGGUCUAUUCUCAGCAUUGUCUGCCCUUUCUGCACAACCCGAAACUGAAUAUGAAUUAGCCGGACGAAUGAAAGAUUUGUCUUUAGGCAAUUGCCAUUUAAUUCCUAUUGAUGACAUUGAGAGCAGAGAAGAGGGAAAUAAUUUUCUUGCACUUAUAGUAGCCCAACAUAGAGAUAAACGCUCCAAUGUGUUAUCAGGAAUUAAAAUGUCUGCCCUCGAAACUGGAUUGAAAAAAGUAUACAAAGUUGCUAAAGAAAAAAAUGCAAGUGUCCAUCUACCUCGUAUUGGUCAUGACACCCCAGGAUUUAAUUGGUACGGUACAGAAAGAUUAAUACAGAAACAUCUGUCUAUCAAGGGCAUUCCAACUUACAUCUACUAUUUCCCUAGAAAACAUGGAGUCAAAAGAAAGUUUCGUGGAACUGGAAACAAUCCAAAAAAUGUUUAUAAGGGAAAUCAGGCAAAUUUGCCAUCUACUUCAGCUUCAAUUCAGAGCAGUUCUAACACACCAGACAUUCCUGGGAAAAAAGCUAAAACUAACACAGGCUCAAACCUGCCUUCACUGUUUUCUGGCAUUGCAGUCUACUUUCACAAUAUUCCAGAGGAUAUAAAAAAGAAGCUUACUAGAUAUAUAUUAGCUUAUGAUGGAGAUUUGGAAAAAUCAAUGAACAUAUCUGUCACACAUUUGAUAUGUUCCCCCGACAGCAAUAAACUGGAGCUGAAUGAUGUGAUAAAAAGCUUUCAGUGUCGUGUGAUUACACCCAGUUGGUUGGAGGAUUGUGUGACCAAAGGAAAACUUCUACCCACAGAAGAUUAUCUGAUUUCAUUAGUUUAGUGUUUUUAAAAAAAAAAUAUUUUCAUGUAUCAAUAUUGGUUUAUGUUUUACUUAUGAAAAAUGUUGACUAUCUUGAGAAUUAUGGCAAUGAAAAUGUAUUAUAAAGUAUGACAUCAAUUGAGAUUGUGUUUCUAAAAGCCAAUACAAAGCAGUACUGUUAAAGUGAGCCACAAAGAUUUAUUAUCAUACUGCCAAACCAGAGCAAUCUUCCAGUUAUAUUUAACCUAACAUUUGGUUGGCAUUAAAAAUAUUUUUAUCAUUUUCCAUUCAGCUGUAGACAGCUAACAUUAAUCAAAACAAUUAUUUUUAAUUCUAUUUCCCAUAAAUCACUCCACUUACCCCUAAAUUAUUAUUUGUCUAAACAGCCAAUUCACUUGGGGGAUGGACAGUUAUUAUUACAGCUGUUUCUUUUGUUUUUUUUUAUAUUUAAUUGGGUAUUACAUUAAUUACAAAAAUCCGUAUUCUCAUAACUUCCAAAGAAUUUCAAAUUUUAAGUACACUUUACAGUCUACAGAGCAGAAGAAGAAGUUCAGUUUCUGCAGCUUCCACAGCCUAAUGGGUAUUGUGUCCAGUAGUUUCUAGUUAAACUAUAAGUGUACAUUUUUCAAAUGGUUAAUCAACAUUUAUCAUUAAUGUUAACAUUUUAGUAAAAAUGUGUCUUCAUUUUAAUUAUUGUAUAAUAAGCACCUAGCAAGCCUUUUGUGUAGUAAACAUUAGCUUUAGGUUCUUUUAAAAACAGUUUUAAGUUUUGUUUUAUCUUGAGUUUUGUAACUGGUUUUGACUUGCAGUCAAAAUUUUAUGCAGUUAAAAAAACCUUCGCAUCUACACAUUGUAAUUAAAGAAUGUAGAUUCUAAUGAAUAAAAUACUGUAAAAAAAAAAUUGUAUGGCACACUAGUAACAUUCCUUUUAUUUGUUACAUUACUACUUACAUGAAAAAUCAAUUUUUUUAUUUUCAUAAUUUAUAUGUACAUAUUAAUGUGGCAUUAAAUAAAAU